AGAAGAGCAAGGCGGGCACAGAGCGUGACACACUGGCUGCUUGACCAGCUACUCACCCAAAUCGGAAGCAAAAUGUCCCUGAAGUUGCCAAGGAACUGGGAUUUCAACUUGAAAGUGGAGGCUGCAAAAAUAGGUAACAUGAGAUAUGACGUAGGAGGCUACAAAAGGCUGGAACGAAGCCCCAGCUGUGGCCAUAGCAGCUGAGACAACUGGACCCCAGGGGGAGCUGGGAAAUCAUGGAUCCAAUGCUCGGUCAAGGAGCAUGAUGACUGGGGAGCAGAUGGCGGCCUUUCACCCACCAACCAACUCCAACCCUCUGGAAAGGCCAAUUAAGAUGGGCUGGCUGAAGAAGCAGAGGUCCAUCGUGAAAAACUGGCAGCAGCGGUACUUUGUGUUGAGAGCUCAGCACCUCUGCUACUACAAGGACGAGGAGGACUCCAAGCCACAGGGCUACAUGUAUCUGCCAGGCAGUACAGUCAAAGAAAUCGCCACAAACCCCGAAGAGGCUGGGAAAUUCGUCUUUGAAGUUAUUCCAGCCUCAUGUGACCAGAACCGCAUGGGACAAGAUUCCUACGUCCUUAUGGCCAGUUCCCAGGUGGAGAUGGAGGAGUGGGUUAAGUUCCUCAGGAGAGUUGCUGGCACGCCCUCUGGAGCGGUGUUUGGCCAGCGCCUGGAUGAGACUGUGGCCUACGAGCAGAAGUUUGGCUUUCACCUGGUGCCCAUCUUGGUGGAGAAGUGUGCAGAGUUCAUCCUGGAGCACGGCGUGAGCGAAGAGGGCAUCUUCCGCCUGCCAGGGCAGGACAACCUCGUGAAGCAGCUGAGGGAUGCUUUCGAUGCGGGAGAGCGGCCAUCUUUUGACAGGGACACAGAUGUGCACACAGUGGCCUCGCUGCUAAAGCUCUACCUCCGAGACCUCCCAGAGCCUGUGGUUCCUUGGAGCCAGUAUGAAGGGUUCCUGCUCUGUGGGCAGCUCAUGAACGCCGAUGAGGCAAAGGCUCAGCAGGAGUUGGUGAAGCAGCUCUCCAUCCUUCCCCGUGACAACUACAGCCUCCUGAGCUACAUCUGCAGAUUUCUGCAUGAAAUCCAGCUGAACUGUGCUGUCAACAAGAUGAGCGUGGACAACCUGGCCACUGUGAUUGGAGUGAACCUCAUCAGGUCGAAGGUUGAAGACCCAGCUGUGAUCAUGAGAGGAACUCCCCAGAUCCAAAGGGUGAUGACCAUGAUGAUCAGAGACCACGAAGUCCUCUUUCCCAAGUCUAAGGAUGUGCCACUGUCACCCCCCGCCCAGAAGAGUGAUGCCAAGAAGGCUCCAGUGCCCCGAAGCUCUGUGGGAUGGGAUGCCACCGAAGACCCGCCUCUCUCCAGAGCCGACAGCUUCAGUAGCACAGCAAGCAGCCCUGAUGCCACCAGCCCCACUGGAUUGCAGCCAAGUGAACAGCAUCAGGAGGACGGUGGAAAAGCUCCCAGGGAAAACUCAGGAGACUGGAAGGUGCAGUCCCGGAAAAGGACUCAAACUCUACCCAACCGGAAGUGUUUCCUGACGUCCGCAUUCCAAGGCACCACUAGCAGCAAACUGGAAAUCUUUAAAAAUGAGUUCUGGUCUUCAUCUUCAGAGACCAAGGCGGGAGAAGGGCACAGGAGAACUAUGUCCCAAGACUUGCGCCACCUUUCCAAUGACCCUCGGACUUCUACCUAUGAUAAUGUCCCUGCCCCACCAGGGUCCCAAGGGAGCCCAACAGGUGCACUCUCUUCUCCGGCCUGUGACUCCAAGAGAGAGACUGUUGCCAGCACAGACUCUGAAAUGGAGUCUGGGAGGAAGACUUCUGGAGAGGAGGACCUUGACUCCUUGCAGAGGAUGGUCCAGCACCUACAAAAGGAGAUAGAAACCCAGAAGCAGAUGUAUGAGGAACAGAUUAAAAACCUGGAGAAGGAAAAUUACGACGUGUGGGCUAAGGUGGUGAGGCUCAACGAGGAGCUAGAGAGGGAGAGGAAGAAGUUCGCAGCUCUGGAAAUCAGCCUUCGGAAUGUGGAACGCUCCCGGGAGGACGUGGAGAGGAGGAACAAGGUCUUGGAAGAAGAAGUCAAGGAGUUUGUGAAAUCAAUGAAGGAGCCUAAGGCAAAGACUGACGCUUGAGGGUCUGAGGUGUGUGCUGGGAUGGUCAGUUCUGCUGUUUCCCGCGCUCCUGACGAGCAGGAAGCCGAUCACCUCCUCGGAUGGACAGGAUAUCUGAGGGGAAGAGACACAGAAGCUGGGGUGAGCAGGAGUGCCCCGGGACACUUGAAACCCUGUGCUCUACCCGAAGGAUUGCACUAUUGUGCUGCGGGAAGAGUGAAGGGGAAUCUUCCAGCGCGUGACAAGCUCCAAAGGAGAUAUUUGAGGUGUCUGACUUCUCAGACCUUCAGAUAGGGCUAGGCCAAAGCCUCAGUUCUGUUUUCUAUGUGGCUGACUUGCCUGGCCAGGCUCUGGUCAGCUCUGAGACAUGCUCAGAACAUGACACUUCGCUCUCAAGUGCUAACCAAGUGAGGACUGCAUGGAGAGGCUGGACUGUCAGAACCAGAAUCAAAACAAUAAAGUGUAUUUAUGUAAGCAAAA